UGUGUGCGCCUGCGCGGCAGUGGAGAGUGAGGAACCACGGAUGGAGGUCCAGUACUUGUGACUCUUGCUCCGUAGUGUCCACUAACCUCUUGUUUCUCUCACUCGUCUUCUCGCCUACUCACACAGACUGACACAAUGGGUGACUCUAACACUACUAGUAGCAUUGCGGACUACCUCGCCCAGCUCUUAAAGGAUAAGAAACAGCUCGCAGCCUUCCCCAGCGUAUUUCUGCACGUCGAAAGACUUCUUGAUGAAGAGAUCAACAAGGUCCGGGCCAGCCUCUUCCAGAUCAACGGUGGGCAGAAGGAGCCGCUCUCCCUGCCUGAGCCUAUUGGUCCCCCCGUCACGCUCAACGACAAGGUGUACGUGCCCGUCAAGGACCAUCCAGAGUUUAACUUCGUGGGUCGAAUACUGGGCCCCCGCGGCAUGACGGCGAAGCAGCUCGAGCAGGAGACGGGAUGCAAGAUUAUGGUGCGCGGGAAGGGCUCCAUGCGGGACAAAAAGAAGCAGGAGGAGCAGAAUCGCGGGAAGCCCAACUGGGAACACCUGAACGAGGAGCUCCACGUCCUGAUCAGCGUUGAGGACUCAGAGAACAGGGCCAAGUUGAAGAUCCAGCGAGCCCUCGAGGAGAUCCGCAAGCUGCUGGUGCCCUCCGCCGACGGUGAGGACGAAUUGAAGAAGCGGCAGCUCAUGGAACUCGCCAUCAUCAACGGCACCUACAGAGAUUCCUCGAGUAAGAACCCAGUGGCCUUUUUUGCCUCUGCCCAGAGCAGCCACUAUAACGGGGCACGACUGUACCCAGUUAACGAAAUUGAGGGACUGGGUCCUCUUACAGGGGAAGUCCCGCGCCUGCUCACCCCGGGGAUGACUCUCCAGUCCCCCAUGCGCACCACCACCCCGCUGGGGGGCCACCCCCUCAUCAUGCCCACGCGCAUCCCGGUGCCCACCACCACCGCGCUGCUCAACGGCACCGGUGCCGGCAUGCCGCCGCCGCUCAUCGCCGCCGGGGACGCCUCCACCGGCCUGAUGUACGCGCCCUACGCCGCCGCAGAGUACGCCGCCGCCAACUACGCCGCCCUCAGCUCCCCCCUCCUGACUGAGUACCCCCCGGAUGCCACUGGUGUAGCCGUCAAGCAGCGACGCCAUUUGGGCCAGGCACGGGAGCACCCCUAUCAAAGGACGGGUACGCUCUCGUAGGCCACAACCCAGCUGACCUGGCGCGUUGCUAACCCGCCCGGGCUCCUUCUCUUGUGUUCCUCGUGUCACUACUGACCAGCACUGAGGCACCUCCACCACCACCACCAACCACUCCACCACCACCACCACCACCACCACUCACCCUAGGAUACACCACUAACCGCGCUGCGCUCAGGGUGCCGACGCAUCGCUCCCCGGCUCCUCCACCAUCGGUACGUGCCCUCCCCGCCGCUCGGCGUCGCCCCCGGGGCAGGCUGACCUCCGGGUCUGACGGCCCCCACGCUGCCGGUCCGUGGGUGUGGCGGGGCUCGCUGCCCGUGGGCGGGCACGGGGAAAUUGUGCACUUGUACAGUGGCCUUGGUGCUGACACGCUCCUCCUGCCUGCCCGGAGCCUCCACGGCCGCCAGUCUGCCAACUAAACCUUAAAGCACUAACACGUCCAGAGGGACUGAGAGCACAACAAAACCUCCUGCAAAUUGCCAUAGAGAGAGAGAGAGUAGCUCCUGGGGUGAGGCAGUGCUCAGAAUGAGGCAGCUCCUACUUAGAAUCUCUCAUAGGGAAGGUGAUCACCAUGUGAGACAAUAUUAGUUGAUUUAUGAGUACACGAAACUGGUACUACCGAAAGUGUGCAUUUAGAGAUGGUGCUAAUGUUAAGCUUGGUCACAGCUUUAUUGUUAGGGUCACUGUGUUGUUGGUGUUGUAUCUUAUUACAUAGCUUAGAGAUAGGUGUUAAUGAAUCUCGAUAGACUCUAUUACAAGGUGUCAUGUUAAGGUUAGAGACGAGCCCUUCUACUCCUGUUGUUAGACAUAAAGAAUAAUAGUUUUUAUAAGAUGCUAAAGGACAACGUAGGAGUGCUGGGUGUCAGUGAUGGUGCAGCUGCUCUGACACCGCCUGGCUGUGUCGGAGGGAAGGCAGAGAGCAAGGCAUUCAUUGGACUCACACUGACGCGACACUCAGCCUUGCCAGCACAGACCCGGGAAAACGGAAUCCAGGAAGAACCCAUUGCUGUUUUAUUUUGGUAAAUUGGAAUGACAAUUCCACAACGACGGGUGUCUGUCAGCUCCCCCCACCAGUGCCUUAUACGGCAAAAUUUAUAGGACUGCAUGACAUUUUUUUUAUUUAUAUUUUUAUUUAACAAAUGGAUACCUUCUGAUGAGAAGCAACAUGUGCCUUGAUGUAGUUGCUAGAUUGGAAGAACUCUACUUCCCCGCGUGUGUGCCGGGCCCAGCCGCGCCUUUCCUGGUGUGGGCCGCAGCAAUGUGCCAACGCAGGUCUAGAGAGGCGGCCGCACCGGGAAGGGCGGCGGCCACGCAGGAGGCUGGGCGGCGGCGCGCACCGGCGGGCUGGGGACACGUUGUACAUAGCUGUUCAUCAUCUCAUUAUUGUACUUACAUUUGUUGUACUUAAGCAUGGAACUAUGCAAUGAAAAGUAAACUGAAAUCAUAGUAAUGGGGAUCGAGGGCCUGACCCACAAGUGUUUUCCGGCAUGUAGUCCUCCACUGUUGCUGUUGUCUGUGCCAUAGCCCGGGUGUUCAGUAUGCCUGGGUUUGCCUUCGUCUUGAUAUGUGCAAAUAUUAAUGUAAGUAUAGUUGUACUUACCAGAGGUAUCACAGGUAGUCGUAAGUCAGGUGUCUUUUCACUAAAUCAGGUCAUUGCCGGCGGGUCGGUGUCCCUGACCCGGCCCCAGCAGGUCAACACAUGUGCCAACGUUGCUAGGAUGUAAAUUCGUUUUUGGUUGAAGCUAAAUUUUUUUCUAAUUUAGUUUUUUAAUUGCUUGAUCUUGGUUGUGACUUCCUCAGAGCUCCGGUUACUCCAUGUGAAGCUUUCAGUCUGACAAUCUUUAUUUUCUCUCGCACAUGAUUGGUAGACGCUCGCCGUACUGAGCCGUACACGUGUUAAGCGCAACAAGUGUUCGUAGUAAUCUGGUAAGUAACACUAAAGAGUUGUAGUUGUUAAGCGUAAGAAUCUCUUUUUUCAGUAGAUUUUAUUAUUUUCUUAAGUAUGGAGACUCUCCCUCCGCCCGCCCCAUACCCAUACCCAUUAACUCCUCCUUGCCUGUCUCACUCGGCGCUUCCUUCCUUCCAUCCUUCCUUCCUUCACCCUGUCAGUCUGAUGCCGUGUCCUGCGCCUUGUCACUCCCCCUCGCUAAAGGUAUGAAUCUGCCCUUCGAUGGACAGUAACUUUACCCCACACCACUGCUACCACCACCACUAUAACCACUACUGUUACUACUACUACUGAUACUAUUGCUGCUGUAUACCAAGAAUCAACACUGCUUUCCAGGAUUUUCUUCUCAAAUCAACUGUUUGGAAAUUUCCUUUUUUAGAAGAUUGAAUAAAAAAAUCCGUGUAGCAAGAAAUCAGAACAUCGCAUCAGAUCCACUCCUUCUCAUGCUCUGUCUCACUCUCUCUCUCUCUUUCUCUGCCUCUGUCUCUAUCUCUCGUCUCAUUUUCUUUUGUAGUCUCUUGCUAUUCUCGCCCCUCUGUCUCUCUCUCUCUCUCUCAUCGCUGAACCUCAUCUGUAAAUUCUGAGUUAAGUGGAACCUUCUCCUGUAGGGGACAUCCAGAAAUCAUUAUUGGUGCUGCUUCGUGAGGGCCGCCCGCACGCACGCCUCGAGGUGGCGGCCGGCGGCUCCCAUCGGUACUAACCUUAAUAAAUGUGUUCUUCAAAAUUAAUUAAAAGUUGUGUAGGAAGAUUUUUCUACAUGUAUAUAAUUAUUAUUAACUCGGUCUUAAUAUCCUUAACCCCAAUCUAGUUUAAUGAGGCUGGCUUCUUGCUAUAACCCUGGGAAUGGAAUCAACCUUGACUGUGUUUCAACAUAAUAAUGAGUAGGGCUGCAUUUUAAUCCUUAUGGAGAUGCAGAAUGUAUUGAUUUUAUAGUCUCCUAUUCUCAGUAAUAUAAAAUGUUUCAUACAAA